UUCUCUUUCACCGAACAUUGGUUUAAUAGUGUAAAAUUUCCCAAGGUAUGGUGGGAAAUUCUUGAAGUGGUUGUUUGUUAAAUGAAUAGUAAAUAAUGCAAUUUAAUUGGUGUGUUUAGUCUGAAAGGCUAAAGGGUCUACAACCCCCCUCCUAAUGUCAAUUUCCUCUUUUCCAUUUUUUUUUAAUUUUUUUUAGAACCAAUAUUGUUCACCUCUUUAUUUUGUGGCAGGAAUUCAUGUCUGUGUUUAUAGCCUAUGAAAUGUGAUAUUUUCUUGUUUGCAAGCUUUCAACCCUUGUAAUGAUGUUGCUCAAAUAUAUGUGGUUGCUUAUUGUUUAAAAGCCUAUCUUUUAUCUCUCUUGUUCUAGAUAUCAUUGUUUAGGUCAUCAAUUAUGCUGAGGCAUCUCUUUUAAGUCUUUGCUAAACAUGUUUAAAAGCCUAUCUUUUUGGAAUCUGUAGAAGUAGGAAUAUGUUCUUCAAUGGAGGAGGAAAUCUCGUGGGUUAGUCAUUGUAUUGACAACAUUGAUAGCUGCCCUGUGGGAUUUGACUCUUUCUCGGAGCUUAAUGAGGAAGCCGACAGAGAAGUUUCUGCAGUUUCUAUGGAUAUAGUUCUGCCCGAUGAUCUUCUGGAACGGAUAUUAUCCUAUCUCCCCAUCGCUAGCACCUUUAGGGCGGGUUGCGUGUGCAAAAGAUGGCAUGAGAUAGUGACAUCGAAGAGGUUUCUUUGGAACAAUUCUCAUGCGUUGUUACAAAAGCCUUGGUACUUCAUGUUCACGAGCUCUGAUGACCCGACUGGUUAUGCGUAUGAUCCCAUUCUCCGUAAGUGGUAUGGCAUUGACCUUCCCUGCAUUGAGAAAUCCAACUGGUUCAUUGCUUCAUCGAGUGGCCUAGUCUGCUUUAUGGACAAUGAUAGCAGGAGUGAGCUGUAUGUAUGCAAUCCGAUCACCAAAUGUUGCAAAGGACUUGAUGAGCCUCCGGGUCCUAAAUUUCCCGACUACAGUGCUUUAGCUGUCUCUGUCAACAGAGCGACUCGCAGUUACAAUGUCUCGAUCAUCAAAUCCAAGCAGGUCCCUGAAAACUUCUUUCAGUGGGAUCUGUCCAUCCAUCUCUAUGAUUCAGAAACGCAGGAGUGGCUAACGGAUCUGACAGAGGUUUUAACAGGGUGGAGAGCUGGUGAUGAGAGUGUGAUAUGUGAUGGGGUAUUAUACUUCUUGAUUUACUCAAUCGGAGGUGGUGGCCAUGACCACCGACACGGCCUUAUCAUGUAUAACCUCAGAAGCCGGUCGCCUUAUGGCCUACUGAUGAGGAGUUUUGUUCCGGUUCCAUGCUCUCUCACAUGCGGCCGCCUGAUGAACCUAAAUGAAAAACUUGUGAUGGUCGGAGGCAUUGGCAAACAUGAUCGACCGGGCAUCAUCAAGGGCAUCGGGAUCUGGCUUCUGAAGGGGAGAGACUGGCAAGAGAUUGCCCGAAUGCCCCAUAAAUACUUUCAAGGUUUUGGUGAGUUUGACGACGUCUUUGCCAGCAGUGGGACGGGCGAUCUCAUAUACAUUCAAAGUUAUGGGGCGCCUAUGCUUCUUGUUUUCGAUUUUGACCAGAAGCAGUGGAAGUGGUCUCAGAAAUGCCCCGUGAUCAAGAGGUUCCCCCUUCAGCUAUUCACCGGCUUUUGCUUCGAACCAAGGCUCGAAAUCGCGCCCUAGCUUUCCUGCUUAUUAUACAUGAAGCAGCCAGUGAUGCCACCAUGUUCUCUGUAAGCCAAAAAUGCUUAGGUUUUGAACCUGUUUUUGCUUUGUUUACGACGAUUCAAUUCGUUGCAGUGCCUAUAGGUGAAUGCUAUCAUUGAAUAGAUGAACUCUGCUGAUAAUAUGUCCAUGCCAAGAUCAUUAUUCUUUACGUUCAUAGAUUCAAUUUACAAGUUUAUUAGUGGUAAAAAUGUAAACUUUAUUAUCUAAUUUUUACUGUGUUAUCUUCAAUCUUGGAAUGAACAAUUAUCUGUUCACUUU